CUUCGCGUACGUGUGUGCCCUACGGCUGCAUGUACGCCUUCGGCUUCAACCUCUCGCUCUCUUUCUCUCUCUGGGAGAGCAGGCGGAGCCUCUGUCGCUCUCGCUCUGUGUUCUUUUUAUGGAAUAGAUUACGUAAUAAAAUAAGGACGAGAAGAGAAGGGAAGAGGGAUUUUAAAACUCAACAAAUUGAAUAAAAUAAAGGAGAAAAAUCCCCAGAGAGUUAACGUGGAUUUCCAUGGCGGAAAGGGCAGAAAAGGUUUAAAUCCUUUUUUCGUCAUUUGUUGCCAGUAAAGGGGAAGAAGGAGGAGGAGCGAGGUGAAGACUGAAGAGGGAAACGACGGCUGUCGGUUGGAGUUUCGACGACUCCCAUUCCCCGUCACGCCGCCGUCGAUGGGCUUCCUUCUUCACCGGCCACCGCUGGAGUUGGUUACUGCUCUUGGCAAGGCGGAGCGGAAGAGAUUUUGUGUCUGAUUUUCGGUGAAUCUCCGCCGUUCAAUGAGAAUCUGGACGAUGUACAAGGAACAGAGACUGGCGGACAUCAAGGGGACGCUCAUCAUCCUCCACCUCCUCAUCAGCCUCAGGUUCAUCGGUGGCCGAACCAAGGCUCACCGGAGAGCCCGCCGGAAGAUGCUGUGGGUCGUCAAGCUCUCCGGGUUCGCCUUUGCGGCCUUGGUCAUGAUCUUCGUCACGCCCUCGCUGCAAUCUUUGGCACCGGCCGAGGCGUUCCGGGAAGGCUACCUCCGGCUCCCUUCGCAGAUCCCGCCCGCCAGAGACGCGACCAGCCGCUUCGCCUUCCGGAAGGCGCAGACCUUUCGCAAUGCCGGAGAAUGUCAGGGCCCGGCCGGCGAGGGGUUGGACGUCUGCGACCCGUCUCUCGUUCACAUCGCCAUAACGCUCGAUGCCGAGUAUCUGAGGGGGUCUAUGGCCGCCGUGCACUCCGUAUUGCAGCAUUCCAUCUGCCCGGAGAACCUCUUCUUCCAUUUCCUCGUCGCCGAGCCCGCGUCUGAUCUCGGGCGCCUGGUCAACUCAACCUUCCGCUUCCUGAAAUUCAAGCUCUACUUCUUCGACCCCGAUCUCGUCCGCGGCCUCAUCUCGACAUCCGUCCGCUCCGCCCUCGAGCAGCCGCUGAACUAUGCCCGGAACUACAUCGGCGACCUGCUGGAGCCCUGCGUCCGGCGGGUCAUCUACCUCGAUUCGGACAUAGUAGUGGUCGACGACAUCGCCAAGCUGUGGGGCAUCCGCCUCGGGUCUAGGACGGUCGGCGCCCCGGAGUACUGCCACGCCAACUUCACUAAGUACUUCACCGCUGGAUUCUGGGGCGACCGCCGUCUCUCCGGUGCGUUUCGAGGAAGGAGGCCUUGCUACUUCAACACGGGAGUGAUGGUCAUUGACCUCGAGCGAUGGAGGCGGUUCCGAUACACCCGGAGGAUCGAACGGUGGAUGGAGAUCCAGAAAGUCCGGCGGAUCUACGAUCUCGGUUCUCUCCCGCCCUUCCUGCUCGUCUUUGCCGGAAAAGUGGAGCCCAUCGACCACCGGUGGAACCAGCACGGCCUCGGCGGCGACAACGUCCGCGGCAGCUGCCGGGACCUCCAUCCCGGCCCCGUUAGCUUGCUCCAUUGGAGCGGGAGUGGCAAGCCGUGGGUCCGUCUCGACUCGAACCGGCCGUGCCCUCUGGACUCGCUCUGGGCGCCCUACGACCUCUACGGCCCGUCGCCGCCCGCCACCCGUUCCACCUCCUCCUCGUAAGGCGAACCACGGAAACCCCCAUUACCUUCCUCAGUCCCUGAUGACGUCAUUUUCCGGCGAUAAGUCAACCCGAGAAGGGCAGCCAUCCGUGCGACUUCUCGUGAAUCGGUUGGAACUCGGGUGACGCAAGCGGGAUUCUCUUAAUAGCUUUGUUUUCAUUCCAAGUUCACCCCCUCUUCUUUUACGACUUGAUUUGCCGAUUUUACUGCUCCCGUGAACCUCUGAGACGCCAUUUCCGGCGGGUCCCCCACUCGCAAGCGCCGGCAGAGCAUCCAAUGCCUGCCAUUUCGCUACUUCUCCUCCCUCCCCAAUUUCCCUUUUCUUAAACAAAUAUAUAUUUUCUCCUCCGCACCGUUCAACACGUGCGCGAGUAUCCUUUUUCAAGGAGAAAAUGGUGACGACGGCCCAGUCCUCCAGGUGGCAUUAAUCGCAGCUGGGCACAAAUACUUCGUAUAAAUGAAAAUGAACUAACACCGGCACUUAUUGUUCGAGUCAGCUCGAGAACAAGGGAAGCAGAAGGUGGAUAAGUUACGAGACUAGAGGGAGAAAGCGCAACCAUUAAUGAGGCUCUAAGCUCACUGGGUUGCCGGAAGUUUGAACUUAUUGUGCCGCCUUCUCGUUAUGUUGUGUAAUGUAAGGCGUUUUCCCGGUUUUCUCCACGGCUUGUUUAGUUAGUAAGUAGUUAGCCCGU